CAUCACAUUCAUAUCAGUUCUUUUAACUCAUUACGUACGCUCAUUUGUAUAUGCGUGUGAAGAUGUAAGAAAAUACCUUUUGUGUUCUUUUGUGUACCUCCAAACAAAUGGCAAGCACGCGCAUAAGUGGCAUGUUGCUUGCGUUCUUUGGGUUUGUCUGUCUUCUUCUUGUAGGACUCCCUGCCACCGAGGCUGCUACUAAGACAUACAAGUACAACAUUCAAGUGAGUAAUGUGAGCAGGCUGUGCCAUCCCAAGCCGAUUGUGACAGUAAAUGGGAGGUUCCCAGGGCCUACCAUUUAUGCAAGAGAAGGGGACAGAGUUCUUAUCAAUGUCACUAACCACGCACAAUAUAACAUGUCCAUCCACUGGCACGGGCUGAAACAGUUUCGCAACGGUUGGGCAGAUGGACCAGCUUACGUAACCCAAUGUCCAAUCUCAACCGGGAAUAGUUAUGUCCAUGACUUCAACAUUACUGGCCAAAGAGGAACCUUGUGGUGGCAUGCACAUAUUCUUUGGCUAAGGGCAACUGUUUAUGGUGCAAUUGUGAUCAUGCCACAACAAGGGACCCCUUUCCCCUUUCCACAACCGGACAGAGAAGAAGUUAUCGUGCUCGGCGAAUGGUGGCACUCAGACGUUGAAACACUGGUGAAUGAAGGGAACCGAUUGGGGUUGCCCCCAAAUGCAUCUGAUGCUCACACAAUCAAUGGGAAGCCCGGACCGCUUUUCCCAUGUUCUGAAAAACAUACAUAUGUUACGGAGGUAGAGCAAGGGAAAACAUACCUGCUUAGGAUAGUCAAUGCUGCCCUAAAUGACGACCUCUUUUUCGCACUAGCAAACCACACCAUGACUGUAGUAGAGAUUGACGCAGUCUACACGAAGCCCUUCUCCACAAAUGCUAUUCUCAUCGCCCCUGGCCAGACAACCAAUGUUCUUGUCAGAGCCAAUCAAAUCCCAGGAAGAUAUUUCAUGGCUGCACGGCCUUUCAUAGAUGUUCCAAUUUCAAUAGACAACAAAACCGCCACUGCCAUAUUCCAAUACAAAGGUGUCCCGAACACGAUCUUCCCAAAGCGUCCUCUCCUACCCGCCUCCAACGACACUGCUUUUGCCUUGGCAUUCAACGGAAAGCUUAGAAGCCUAAACACUCCCAACUUCCCGGCAAAAGUUCCGCUGAAAGUGGAUAGGAAUCUGUUCUUCACAAUAGGUCUGGGGAUGAAUCCGUGUCCAACAUGCUUGAACGGUACUAGGUUGACAGCUUCCCUGAACAACAUUUCAUUUGUGAUGCCCCACACUGCCCUUCUAGAAGCUCAUUACUUCAACAUGACGGGAGUGUACAACACAGAUUUCCCAGACAAACCGCCGAUUCCAUUUAACUACACUGGUGCACCUUUAACUGCAAACCUCAAGACAGCUCGCGGGACGAGGGUUAGUAAGCUUGCCUUCAACUCCACUGUUGAGUUGGUUUUACAAGACACUAAUCUUCUGACUGUUGAAUCACACCCUUUCCAUCUCCAUGGAUAUAACUUUUUUGUCGUCGGAACUGGAGUUGGGAAUUUCAAUCCUGCCAAGGACCCCGAAAAUUAUAACCUCUUUGAUCCUCCAGAGAGAAACACUGUUGGUGUUCCCACAGGUGGUUGGGCUGCCAUUCGUUUCAGAGCUGAUAAUCCAGGGGUAUGGUUUUUCCACUGCCAUUUGGAGCUGCACACAGGUUGGGGGUUGAAAACAGCAUUUGUAGUGGAAGACGGACCAGGUUCAGAUCAAAAGACUCUGCCUCCACCGAAGGAUCUCCCACUCUGCUGAUGUUCAAACAAUCACAGUUUAUAUGCCUCGUCAUGAAAAAAAAUAUCAUAUGAGGCCUCUUGAGGAUCCCACAAAUUUGAAACAUACAUAGAAAUGGUUACACAUAUGCUAUUAAGAAAAGAGAUUGAGAAAAUAUGAUUCAAUUUGUAUUUAAUUUGGAAAUGUAAUAAAAGUUCAUAAAAUUGAUUUGACUUUGCGUAUAUAGCACUAAAAAAGAAAGGGCUUAACUAAGAGUCCUUGUAGCUCACCUUUCUCUUGGAAAGGUGAGAGCCUGA